CUGUACCCCGCCCUCUUCAAAAGGGUGUCAACUGGGAAUUCAAUAAGAUCGUCACAACCAUAUAUCGACAAUGUCUCUAACAGUGACGCAACAACUACCGCAAAGGGAGCUUGAUGCACCAAAACUUGAUACUUCUCUUGCACAGCGACAUUCACAGCUCCGACCUCAAAUAGAAUCAUUAUCCGUUGAGCCUCCCAUCUAUUCCCCCUCCGCCGACGCCGACGAAUCUUCUCGCGAAAACACUCCCACAACCAUGGUUCCCACUCAACGACAACUCGCUUCUGCUCCUGCUCUUCCUGCUAAGAGUGCCCUCCGAGCUUCAAGAUGCUUGGACGGUCUCCUCGCCCACAAGCUCAACACCCAAGGCCAAGCUGCUUUCUCUGCUCCUCAUGAUGUCUACCUUUCCUCCGAGGAAGAUGCUUCCUCCUCCGCCGAUGACUUUUCCGACUUUGAGACCGACUCUGGUAGCGAUGAGUCCCUCGCUUCAGAUCGAAGAGGCAGCCGUGAGGACACUGCCAAGAUGGUCUCGGUUGUCUACGCUGGAAAGCCUUCAGUGAUUGACCUUCCCCGACGAUCAGUAUCUCCUAGCCUCAUCAGUGAAGCUUCUUCCCGACCCUCAUCAAGAAUGUCGACCUUGUCUCGACCUGCCAGCUGCCUUCGCAGAACAUCUACUCUCCCAGUCACACUUCCCGUUCUCGAUCGCCGCAUGUCUUUCUGCACCACAUCUUCAGGGUCCGUUAUGCACCCUCCACGAACCAGCAGCAUGGGCACUAGCCGUCUCGAGAAGCAAAAGCCAGACUUCCUCAGCAUUGACCCUUUUGCGACCAAGGCUGAGCCUGAAACCAAGGAAGAGUCAAGUGAGAGACCCAAGACACCAAAGUCUCCUGGUGUAUUCAAGCGUACACUGAGCUUGGUUAAGAAGCGAAGCCGACCUUCGCUCAACACAAAUUUCGCCAGCCAAUCCCGAGACAACCUUUCUCUCUACACACCUUCGCUGCAUAUGGAGCAGGUUCAGGAAGAGCCAGGUACCGACUCGGAUGACAGAGCUCCUAAGCCUAUCCUCAACAAGGCACCUACUUACCACGAGUUUGCUCAAAGAAGGAUGUCAUCAGCCCCCAUGUCGCCCAUGUCACCUAUGUCCGAACCUGGAUCGCCAAUGACACCCAACAGCACCCGCAGCCGUCUAAGACAGGGACUGGCAGCAGCCGCACGGCGACGAAGCGUCAAGGUUUAAGCAACACAUGGCCAAGACAAACAAUUGGCUUUUUUGUACAUUUACGAAUUAUGACUGGGCAACUAAACGGAUAGCGGGUGCAAGACGCCUCUAAUAUUUUCCUUUGUCUACUAUUUUCUGUAUCCAACCUAGAAAGGUCUUAGGGCAAAGGGCACCAGGCGUACUCAUGGGAUAUCUCCUGCUGGACAAGAAAAGAAGCCGGCGUUGUACUUUAUUAACUCACCACUCGAAAUCGAGCAAGCGGCGUUCUUUGGGAUUUUAGACAUAUCGAUACACAUAUACACACACACUCACACAACACAUACGCUUUGCAAGCGUGGACGACCUCGGACAGGUCUUUUGUCAGAUAGGAUAGGUGGUAGAUGAACCCAGCCGCAAAAAGACGGUGAAU